UACUACAGGCGGUGCCAAACAAUUGCAGCGCACAUCUACCCAAAAGCUUCAUCCCAAGCAGCCCCCCUCUCCUCUCAUCUCUAUAAAACCCAUCCAAAUCCACCAUCACCUCCACACUCAGUGACCCGUAACAGUGCCCCGUUUCUUCAGCUCGCACGCCGAGACCAGACACCACCACCAUCACCACCUUUUAAAAGCCUCGCCACGCAUCAGCCAAGCUAUCCCACGACGAUCGAGCUAAUUAAUCUAGCUAGCGCGCGAGCCAUGGCAUGCGUUAACAUGUACAACCCGGACGGCGGCGCGGUGGCGUUCGGCGGCGGGCAGCCGGGCCCGCGCAUCUCCUUCUCCAGCGACUUCUCCAUGGAGCCGCCGCCGCCGGUGCAGAACCGGGCCAUGGGCCUGCGGUGCCAGGAGGAGGACCAGAACUUCGAGUUCUCCGUCGGCAGCCACCCCAUGAUGGCCGCCGACCAGCUCUUCUCCAAGGGCAGGAUCCUCCCCUUCAAGGUCGAGGGCGGCCGCGCUCCCUCCACGCUCCGCGACGAGCUCCGUGGUAGCGCCGACGAGGAGAGGGCGUCCACGCCCAAGGGGUCCAGCCGGUGGAGGGAGAUGCUCGGCCUCCGGAAGUCGCUAUGCGUCGGCGGCGGCGUCGCCAACAAUGCCGCCGCGGCCAAGAAGGGCGACAAGGUCGUCGCCGUGGACGCCGACGCCAAGAUAGCCACCGACAUGGCCGCGUCCAAGCAGGAGCUAUGAGAGGUGACCGGCCGAUGGGGACUACGGCGACAUGACGAAACCCUUCUUCUUCCUCGCCAUCGCUCGCACCAUGUUCACCGGUCUUCUCUCAUCGCGCUCGUCAGUCGUUUUGGGUGGCCUGAUUGCGUGUGUGCUAGCUAGCCACUGUAGAUGGCCAGUGUCCAUGUCCAUGUGUGUGCAUGUGUUGAAGAGCAAACAAUUCUGUAAUUUCACUUCUUUUUUCCUUCUUCUUAUCUCACAAGUGAUCCGCUCUCGAUCCCUAGCCAGCUAGCUAGCAGCAGCUGUCCACUGCCACUAGAUCCCCAUGCAUCACCUCACACUUCUUUCUCUUCUUCUUCUUCUUCUUCUUCCAAGCUUUGUUUUUUUCCUCCACCACCAUCUCGCUCUGCCUGCCCAUGGCGGCCUGUACAUAAUGCUUGUGCGUAGAUGGGGGAUUUAUGGUGCAAUGAUUAGCCUUUGCCAGACGGCCAGAUCUGUGGCGACACGAGCUGAGCCUCUGCUGGCCUCUGUUGUUGUAGGGAUCAUGCACGCAACAGUGCGCUCCUUUGUCACCUU